GACGGUGCACACACGUCUAUACAUAUGCGUAUAUAAUACGUUUGUGCAAGUUCUUCCGUGAGCGUAACCCGUUCGACCAUCGCGUUUGCAACUAUCGCGACGACCUAACCAGUAGUUCACUUGCGCCGCGUUCGAUUCCCGGCAAGACCACAGUCUUGGCUUUCAUGAAUAUUUUCGCGUGAGUUACGCCGAGACGAAAAAAAAAAAACCAAAACAAUAAUGACGUCCAUUCAUCGCGAAGUAAAACUGCAACGAGAACUGGGCCUGUUCAGCGCGGCCUGUCUAAUCGUAAACGUAACUCUAGGAUCGGGAAUUUUCGUAUCGGCUGGCAGUGCGUUGCACAAUACAGGAUCAGUGGGCAUGUGCCUCAUCGUAUGGGCGGCUUGUGGUUUGCUGUCCCUACUGGGAGCCCUGUCUUAUGCCGAACUGGGCGCACUGAUCAACAAGUCUGGAGGUCAGUUCAGCUACUAUCAGGAGGCGUUCGCGGACUUGCACUCGUUCUGGGGCGCGCUGCCUAGUUUCAUUUACUCGUUCGUGACGAUCAUGUACAUCCGUCCGGCCAUGGUGUCCGUCAUCGUGCUCACAUUUGCCGAGUACUCGAUCCGGCCGUUCAGUUUGUGGAUGUCAGUGACGCCGAAAACGGAAUACAUACUGACCACGGUGGUCAGUGUUCUAGCGCUGUGUAUCUUGACUUUCAUCAACUACACCAGCAUGAAAUGUUUCGUCAAAAUCCAAAACGUGUUCACCGUGUGCAAAGUCACCGUCUGUUUCGUCAUAAUCGUCGGUGGACUGUACCAGCUCUAUCUGGGAAAAACUGAGAACUUGAUGACCGGAUUCGAAGGCACUAAUCUAUCAAUGAACAGUUUGUCGAUGGCUUUUUACAGCGGACUCUUCGCAUACGACGGGUGGGCGGCUUCGACCAUGGUGUCCGAGGAAAUAAAAAAUCCACAAAUAAACAUUCUGCUGAGCAUCCUCCUAGCGGUGCCUUUCGUCACCGUCAUCUACGUAAUGAUGAACGUAUCGUACCUGACCGUGCUGUCGGUCCCGGAAAUGAUUGCCGUUCCGGCCGUGGCGAUUGAAUUCGCGACUCGAGCACUCGGAAGCUUCACUUUCGUCAUUCCACUCGGCGUGGCCAUAGCGACGUUCGGUUGUGCGCUGAGCACCCAAUUCGAGACGUCCAGGCUGUGCUACGCUGCGAGCAGAGAAGGUCAAAUGUUGGAAGUAUUUUCUUACGUGAGCGUCGAACGGUUAACACCUGCACCCGCGGUCGUCUUACAGGGCCUGUUCACACUGAUCUGUUUGCUGUGCGGAAACGUCGAGACUCUCAUAGACUUCACCAGCUUUUUGAUUUGGAUAUUCUACGGCAUCACUAUGGUGGCAUUGUUAGUGUUGCGUCACACUAAGAAAGACGUUAAACGCACAUUCAAAGUACCGAUCGUUAUUCCAAUAUUCGUGCUCAUCGUGUCCGUAGUGCUGUUCCUGACGCCGAUAAUCCAAGAUCCUAAACCGCAGUUUCUCAUAGCGUUGGCGUUGAUCGUGUCGGCGUUCGUAUUGUACGUCCCGUUCGUGUACCAAAAGAAGAGGUUGUCCGUAGUCGACACAUUCACCGGAUUCAUCAUAAGACUGAUGGAUGUCUUGCCGCCGGAGGAAGACAAACCGGCCAAAGAUACGUGCGAAAAACAGCGUUAUUAGUCUUCCGAAUCACUUACUCUUACACUGCGACCCUUUCGACUUAUCGCUGUCUGUGAUUUUUCGUCGCCUAAAUUUGCAACCGUUUCAACGAGUGCAUAAUAGCUUUGUGUUGCGGUCGGUUUAAAACUGAUCGCACUCGACAUGGGACAAUCUCCAUAGACGCAAUCACAGAGUGGAGAGUGGGUUAGUACCAAAGGACUCCAAAACCGUGACCCUUGAUUCUUGCACGUUUUUACCUUUGAAAUGAUAUUCAUUGGCUCAGUCAUAAUGCUAAAUCGAUAAAAACAUAUUUUACGCUCAAUUUGAAGAGCAGUAAGUAUUAAAAAAGUAUAAAUACAUUUAAAACGUUCCAAGCGGUUUCAUCGAGUUUAAAUAUACUUUUGAUUACCUCACAAAUUGUCCCAAAUGUUGAGAUCUUCGAAAUUGUAAGUUCAAUCGCCCAACCUCCACCCCACCAUCCUCCGAUGGGUUGCUCAUCACUUUAUUUGCAUAACAUUUUAUUUGUUAAGGUAUA